CGAACCGAUGUGCACGCAGCUUAUCAGAUCACCUCCAACUCCAACUCCAACCCCAAAGCAGAGCCUUCGUCUUCAUGACCUGAUUUCACAUUCUGCAAUGGCUAUGUCAAUGCCUUACUGCACUUCAUCCUCCAUUUCUUCUGUUUCUCCCCUCCCUUUCCCUUCAAAUGGCCGCCGCGCAGUUACGUUUCCCGAAGCUUCUCUCUCUGCCGUCAAUUCUCCGUCUACCACUUCCUCCGCCGCCCGGAACAAGCUUCUGCUCGAAGUCAAGGAUUUAACUGCCGUAAUUGCAGAAUCCAAGCAGCAGAUUCUCAAGGGCGUUAAUCUUACUGUCUACGAAGGAGAGGUUCACGCCAUCAUGGGGAAGAACGGUUCUGGAAAGAGCACAUUUGCAAAGGUACUUGUUGGGCACCCAGAUUAUGAGGUUACAGGUGGUAGCAUUAUGUUUAAAGGGAGUGAUUUGCUUGAAAUGGAACCAGAAGAAAGGUCGCUUGCAGGGCUAUUUAUGAGUUUCCAGUCCCCGGUUGAGAUUCCAGGUGUGAGCAAUAUCGACUUUCUAAAUAUGGCUUAUAAUGCACGAAGAAGGAAACUUGGUCUGGCAGAGUUGGGGCCAAUUGAGUUUUAUGCAUACAUCUUCCCCAAACUUGAUCUUGUGAACAUGAAGACAGAUUUUCUCAAUCGAAACGUCAAUGAAGGCUUUAGUGGUGGUGAAAGAAAGCGUAAUGAAAUUUUACAACUUGCGGUUUUGGGUGCAGAGAUGGCUAUACUGGAUGAAAUAGAUUCUGGGUUGGAUGUUGAUGCACUUCGUGAUGUAGCAAAAGCAGUGAAUGGGCUUUUGACACCAAAUAAUUCUGUGUUAAUGAUUACUCAUUAUCUACGACUUCUGGAAUUUAUAGAACCUUCCCGUAUACAUAUCAUGGAGGAUGGGAAAAUUGUAAAGACUGGAGACAUCUCGAUAGCGAAACUCCUCGAGGCAGAAGGGUACAAAGCAAUUUCUACUUCAUAAAUAGCAUGUACAUUGGUAGGUAGUUCUAUCUCUUCUUCAUGUUCUCUCUCUCUCUCUUUUUCUUUUUUUGGAUAAUUAUACAAUCCAAUUCACUUGUCAGUGUUUCUUCGAUCUCGAUUUUGACAAUCUUAAAUAUGUAGCUUGUCUUGAGCCAGUAAUGCAGUCUGCAUGGUUAGCGAUUCAAACUAGUUAUGUAUCAGUUCUACUAAUUCGUACUUGCCUUUGUACUCAUAUGUUUAUUUGGGGGAGUUGGAAGUUGGUAAUAAAGCAUUAUAAAUAGUUUCAAGAGAUA